AUUAGAAACGUACGUCGUAAGGGGGUGGGAGUUUGUCCGAGCGGAACCUGAAGGCAUCGCAGUCUGCCUCGAGCCAUCAGCUCGCGACGUCGGAGCUCCCGUUGGAUUUUUAUUUUUGAACCCUCCGACGCUGCGGGCUUUUCUAAACGACAAAGCGGAUUCUCUGACCUCGUUUUGGGGGGAAAGCCUCCGGAAGAAGACAGCGGGAGUGGCCGUGAUCCACAAAACGGGGUUCAGGGAGAAAACACUUCAGGACCAUGGUGGUUCCAUAUGAAGGCCAGUCCUUCUCUGCACUGAGAAAGCGCUGCCAGCAGAAGGAAUGUCUGUUCGAGGAUCCUCUGUUCCCGGCGUCGGAUAAGUCUCUGUUCUAUGAGAGAAACCGCGUCGGCCAAGUUGUGUGGAAAAGGCCUGGGGAGCUGAGCAGCGACCCCCAUCUGUUUGUGGAUGGCAUCAGCGCGCACGACUUGCACCAAGGCCAGCUGGGAAACUGCUGGUUUGUGGCUGCCUGCUCCAGCCUGGCCUCCAGAGAAGCUCUGUGGCAGAAGGUGAUUCCAGACUGGAAGGACCAGGAAUGGGAUAAGGAAAAUCCACAGUCCUAUGCUGGGAUUUUCCACUUCCGUUUCUGGCGGUUUGGCGACUGGGUGGAUGUGGUGAUUGACGACCGCCUUCCCACUGUGAACGGAGAGCUCUUGUACGGUCACUCCAACGACCACAAUGAGUUCUGGAGCGCUCUGGUGGAGAAGGCUUACGCCAAGAUGUUUGGAUGCUACGAGGCUCUGGACGGAGGGAACACCGCCGACGCUCUGGUGGAUUUCACUGGAGGAGUGUCCGAACCGAUAGAUCUGUUAGAGAACGGCCACAAAGAGGAUGAGGAGAAGCGGGACGAGCUGUUCGAGAGAGUCCUGAAAGUGCACAACAGAGGAGGCCUCAUCAGCUGCUCCAUCCGGGCAGCCAGUGCAGCGGACAUGGAGGCCCGGCUGGGCUGUGGGUUGGUGAAGGGCCAUGCGUACGCCGUGACAGAGGUGCGGCGGGUCAGGCUGGGCCACGGCCUGCUGGCCUUCUUCAAGUCGGACAAACUCUCCAUGAUCCGUAUGAGGAAUCCGUGGGGGCAGCGAGAGUGGAACGGGCCCUGGAGUGACAGCUCUGAAGAGUGGAAGAAGGUCAGCAAAAGUGAAAGAGAGAAGAUGGGCGUCACAGUGCAGGACGAUGGAGAGUUCUGGAUGACGUUUGAUGACUUCCUCACUAACUUCACAGACCUCAUUCUCUGUCGUCUCAUCAACACGUCUUACCUGAGCCUUCACAAAACCUGGGAGGAGGUGGUCAUCCGUGGCUUCUGGCGCCGCCACGAUGAACCGUUGCGUAACCGAGCUGGUGGCUGCUCCAACAACAAACACUCCCACUUUCAGAAUCCACAGUACGUGUUUGACGUGACCAAACCUGAGGAUGAGGUUCUGAUCUGCCUGCAGCAGAAAGACCGCAGAGCCACGCUGAAGGAAGGACGAGGAGAAAACCUGCCCAUCGGCUUCGACAUUCAGAGAGUGGAGCUGAACAGGGUCUACCGAAUGCAUGCUGCCCAGCAGAAAAUUGGAGGCAGCAUCUACAUCAACUCCAGGGCCGUGUUCCUGCGCAUCGACCUCAAAAAGGGCCGAUACGUCAUCAUCCCCACAACCUUUGAAGCUGGCCUGGAAGGAGAGUUUCUGCUCCGCGUUUUCACCGACGUUCCCUCAAACUGCAGGGAGCUGACUCUGGAUGAGCCUCGCCGGAGCUGCUGGUCUGGGCUGUGCGGGUAUCCAUCGCUGGUCACGCAGGUCUACGUGCAGCAGGCUAACGGACUCGCAGGACAGGACUCGGACAGAGUGUCAGAUCCGUACGUGAUCAUCCGCUGCGAAGGACAGGAAGUUCGCUCUGACGUCCACAAAGACACCUGCAGCCCCGUCUUUGACACCAAGGCUGUGUUCUACAGGAAGAAAUCCAACCAGCCCGUCACUGUGGAGAUCUACAACCACAACGUGUUCAAGGACUCCUUCCUGGGCAGAGUGACGCUGCCUGCUGAAGAGGGGACGCUCCAGAAGACCCUGCACCUGAAGAACAAGGGCGACCGCCAAGACAACGACCUCCCCGGUACCAUCACUCUGUCCAUCGAGACCAGCUCGGUGCUGACCAACAUCUGAGCCACUAAAACCUUUAAAAACCAACAUGGCCUCCUUCGCCUCUGGCUGUAAAUAUUCACAUUUAUCCAGCGAGAACCUGCGGAGAACUCUGUUUACAGAAGCAUCUAAAUAUACCCAAACCACAAAUUCAUAAUCGUCUUAACUCUAUUGUUUACAUGAAAAGUAUUUCUUCUCCCGUUUACUGUUUUAGCAGCUAAUUUACUAUUUUACUCCAAUGCAAUGUCUUGUUUUUUUAUACAUCAUAUUUCACUUUUUUAAGUCUUCUUCAUAGAUAGAACACUCCAUUUAAUUCAUGUGACAAUCCAACUGAGCCGUGACCCUCCUGACCGGGCGUGUGAAGCUCCUCCUCCUCCAUGAAGGUUUAUGUAAAUCACUCAGAAGACAUGGUAAAAAGCUUCAACAACCACUCACACCAAAUGUUAAGUUUACUGUCCAUCUCGAAGAUGGACAUUUGACUGAAACUGAAGCAGCAACACGUGUUUGCUCUGGUUUCAUUAUGAAGGAGCAGCACAUCUGCUGCUGUUCCUUUCAAAAUAAACUUGCAUACUAAAGCCAGAGCCAGUGUCACAUCCUCCAACCUGGUUUUAACUUCAUUCUUUUUUUCAAGUUUUUAAUAAAGGUUUAUUCUGCUGGAUCACUGGAGCUCUUUCUCUACCAGCAGAGGGCGCUAUCAUCCUGAUUUAUUUCUGUUUUGCCUCACAGUUUAAUUACUGUGAACAUCAGAUAUUAGCAUGAUCGCAUGUUACAACUUUUUCAAGUGUAAUUAUUUUGUUUUCCAUCAAUUUGUGAAAAUCUUACAAAUAUUUUUAAACUUUUUUCACUUCUGUGUUUAGAAUCUGUAUCAGUUCAAAUCAGAACCCUUUCCAGAAUGAGUUUGUCUCUCUAAAGUCUCGGCUUUGACUUGGUUUUUGCUGAACGUUGUAAAUGUCCUUCAGCUCGACUGAAAGAUUCACAUUGUCGGAUUUGGUGUCAAGUUUUCCUGAAAGAUCUGCUUGUGCCAAAUCUACGGCUUAUUGUAGCACAAAUAAACGAAGCAAAAGUA